CCCUUCAGAGUUAGAGCACAUCAACAAAAUUCCCCUUUCUUACAAGAAUAAUUGAAUGUGGUUGCCAUCCAGAAGAUUGCACGAUCUACGAGCGCGAGGUGUGUAUCUUCGUUCUCGUUCUCGGUCUUGAAUCCUGCAUCCUUACAGGAAAAGAAACAAUGGACAGUAACCUCGAAGAUAUUAAAGCGGGAGCGUUGUUUCAGAAGAAAGGGGAGAUAAUCAAACCAGUGAUCCCUGAAGGUGCUGUUGAGGAAAUUGUUAGAAACAUAUAUGGCCUAGAUGUUGUCAGCUUUGUAGAACUUAUCAGUUAUAACGACAGGAACUACCACGUGAUUGUACACGACCAAUCAAAAAACUCUUAUAUACCAGAAGUGUGGAAGCAUGGCUAUGUUUUGAAGAUACUGAACAGCAUGGACUCUAAGUGUCCAAGUAUCGUUGAAGCGCAGAACAGUCUUCUAAGUCAUCUUCGAAAACAAUUAAGCACACCGCUGCCAGAACAUGUUCUCACAACUUCCGGAGAGUCGAUGUCCCUAGAAACGGUUUCUAUGGAGAAAGAUCCCAAAGAUCGGGAUAGCGCCCCCUGUGGUACGUAUAUUGUGCGCUUGCUGAAAUACAUUCCUGGUGAUAUGCUGGACAAUAAUCCCUGUACACCCGGAUUGUUAUACAAUGUCGGCAAAUUUAUCGGUACAUUAUCGAACGCAACAAAGGGUUUCCAUCGCCCAUUUUACGACACGUAUUCCUUCUUGUGGAGUCUUGUGGAGGUCCCGAAGCUGAAAGAAUUCAUAUUUGUAGUGCAAGAUGAAAACAACAUACGUGUGAUUGACGAGGUUAUAUCUACCUUUGAAUCCAAUGUUCUUCCAGUUCUCGGUGAAUUACAGAAAGGUGUGAUACACGGAGACCUUAGCACCCAUAACAUCCUCGUCACAGAGGUUCCGGGUCAGGAUGAUGUCCCACCUGAAUCACGUGUUUAUGACGUCAGUGGCCUGCUAGAUUUCAUGCACGUGACCGAUUCCUACCCAAUAUUUGACAUUGCUAUUAACAUUGCGUAUAUGUCAAUCAUAUGCAAACCAUCUGAACAACUUGAUGCCGGCGGUCAUAUAUUAGCAGGCUUGAUACCCAUCUUCCCUUUAGAUGAUGUCGAGUUAGAUAUCUUACAGAUGUGUGUGUGUGCUCGAUUAUGUCAAUCACUUGUAUUGGGAGCUUAUACCAAUUACAUGGACCCGUCCAAUAUGUACGCACUUACCACAGCCGAAAAAGGCUGGCCGCUCCUACACAAAGUUUGGAACACUCCAAAACACGUUCUACAGGAUAAAUGGCGAGAAUUGAUUAAUGUACGGAGAUGAAAGUCUUGAUUACACACUAAACCUACCUUUCAUCAACGACAUUUAUAUUAGAUCAAAAGUUCCAAGGCCACCCAUAGGUUGAAAUAUAGCAGUACAGCAAGCACUACACGUAUAUAGAUAUAAAAUGGAAGGAAAUAGGAAGAGUUUUAUUUUCUUAUUUCAUCAAAUGUUUUUAAUUUUUCUUUAUUUCUUAAUUGAUUUAUUCCAUGUAUUAUUAUUUUAUCUUUUAUAUAAAUUUAUAUUCCUGGCUGGUUCCUGUUGGUAAUCAUGUUAUUUUUAGGAAUGUUCAUGACUUCAGAGGGCUGUGGUUUUCAUAUGGCAUACCAGCUGUGACUGACUAUUAACUGUCCCCCAUAUAUUUGUUCCCAAGAUGUUAAGAUGUUCAUUUAAUUUAUUGUGUUUUCUAUUAACUAUCUGAUCUAGAUCAUAAUAAGAUAUUUCAUCUCUGAUACAUCCAUAUGAUCCAUAUAAUCGCAUUUCAACGAGAGUAUAUAUACUUACCUCCCCUUGUCCAUCUUUUUGAUGUGGUAUUACUCAAUGAUAAGACAGCUCAUUGAACACAAUGGGUUUUAUCAAAUAUAGAAAAGUAUAUUUCUCGUCGCUGAGGAUCGCAAGAAGUUUUUGAACAACUGCACCUAAAAAUGUUGUUCUAGCAACAAACAAGCGUGCCUUAAAAUCACUAAAGGAUGCGAGCAGCACAUAAGGCAUCCGUUAACUUGAUCCUUUGAUCCUUGUCCGCAAAUAGCUUCGUGUAGUUUUUCUUAUCUAUCUUUAAAACAUCCCUUCCUAUCGAGUCUCUUCUUUUAUAUCAUUUAAUUUGUCUACUUCUACACUAUCACAACUCCUUUUCAGCCUUCAAAAAGCCUCCAGUUUAUUUUGCUAAAGUUUGUUUCCACGAAAGUCUCGCUAGGGAAGCGUAUGGUUGGGAACAAAACGGGAAGUAUUUCUUGAAAUACAUGACCAAAGCAAAACAUUACAAAUGAUAAGAUUGAAAUUGUGAAACUGCUUGAAUUCUUGUUUGACAAGGUCUUUGUUUAGGUACAGACUAUUGACAUAACUAAAAUGUGCCCUUAGCCGACUAGUGUUCGUUUUCAUUCAGGGCAACAUGGAGCAAUAUCAAAUGCAUGCCAAGUCUUUUAACAUGCUGACGAAUCGGUGACUUCAAAUGGAGACGUAUCGACUAUUUCGAUUGGUACGAAAUAUAUUGAUUACAAGAACCUGCAAUCAAGGAUAAUUAAGCGAAUUCCACGCCAGCAGCUUUCAGUUUACAAAUGUGUUUUCCUUUUAACAUCUCCAUUGACUCAGGUAUGUCUCGGCCAGUGGACCAACCCAAAGUAUUCCUCACUGAAACGAACGCUCAACUAAAACCCCAAAGUCAGGCAGUGUCAAGGCAGAUAUUAGGAAGAAAUUUGUUAAGAAAGAAGAGAAAAGAUAAUACCCCAAAUUUAGUCGCCUCUUACUAUUUCUUACGCCCUACAUGCCAGAAUGAAAUAAAGUAAAAUUG